AUGAUCUUCAAAGCCUAUCCGGAAGAGCAAAGCCAUAUGCGAUGGAUAACGAUCACCAUGACGGCGAUUGCAACGCUGCUCCUCUUUUGCAGGAUUAUGGCCACAGUAAAGAACAGAGGCUGGCUUGGUGUAGAAGAUGCCUUUGUGAUAGCAGCAAACAUCUGCCUGAUUCUGCUAGCAACAUAUAUCAAGGAGUCUGGCGGUGACGUUAAAAAGGCAUUGAAGUAUUUCUGGAUGACCUUUACGUUCUAUACCCUCACAAAUGGCUUCAACAAAAUGGCCUUCAUCGCGUUGUACUAUCGCGUAUUUCCAAUGAAGGGCUUCAGACAGGCCUGCUUAGUGUUGGGAGUCAUAUCCCUCGGCUGGACUGUUUCAUUCCUCUUUGUCGGCAUUUUCCAGUGUAAUCCGAUCGACCGCGUCUACGACCGCAAAAUCCCUGGGACAUGCAUCAGUUUUGCAGCGCACCGAUGGUCCAACGCAAGCCUUAAUCUUCUUACAGAUCUCGCUAUCUUUAUUCUACCCAUGCCUGUAAUCAUGAGGCUCAACAUGUCUUUCGGCUCGAAAAUCGGACUGGUCAUACUUUUUUCUAUGGGAUUCUUCAUUUGCUUGACCACGGCAUUGCGCAUGGCUACCUUACCACUGAGUCUUCACACCAAAGAGCCAACUUACGAAUCCGCGCCUGCGAACCUAUGGAGCUUUAUUGAAGCAGCUACAGGUGUGAUCUGUGCAUGUCUCAUCAGUCUUCGCAAAACUGUCGGAUCUAUGUGGCCCAAGAGAUGGAGAAGUUCCAAAGGAUCCUCGAGACACUACCAGCAGUAUGGAAGCGGCGUCAUGGGCUCGCAUGGAAUGACGUCCAGACUCGGCCAUGAAACACGGACUGGGAACAACUUCCCUCUCAGUGACAUGAAGAACGGAGCAAGAGGACCUGCGGAUGCGUAUCGUAAUAUCAGUCCCAGCGAGAGCCAGGAGCAGAUCAUCAAGGGAGGCAAGGUCGAGGCACACAUCACGACAAAAAGCAGGCCAGAAAGUUCAGAUGGCAGCGACGAUCUGAUCAUGCAGGGCAUAACAGUCACCACAGACGUCAAAAUUGUUCGAGACUGA